GUAUAAAGCGUGAACAUUCGCAGCUUAUCUAUUUAGCACGAAGGGGGCUAUCUACACUCUGUUUCUGUCACACAUAUUCUUAUAGUCGGCGAGAAGGAAGUCCAGUUCAGUUCGAUGGAGAAAGGACAUAAGCCAACGUUCUUCCAAUCUCUUGCUGCUGGUGGAGUCGCUGGGACAUCUGUAGACCUCCUCUUUUUCCCUAUUGAUACCAUAAAGACACGGCUGCAAUCUUCUCAAGGCUUUGCAAAAGCAGGCGGGUUUCGAGGGGUGUACAAAGGUAUUGGGAGCGUGGUAGUCGGGAGUGCUCCUGGCGCGGCUGCUUUCUUCUCGACGUAUGAGACGAUGAAACACGCUUUACCAUUACAUGGCCAUCUCGCACCCGUCAACCAUAUGAUCUCUGCAUCAAUGGCAGAAGUAGCAGCAUGUCUGAUACGCGUACCUACAGAGGUCAUCAAGACUCGCACCCAAACAUCCACGUACGGUCCUCUCGCUUCCUCCUCACUUGCAGCUGCGAAGCUUGUCUGGAAACACGACGGCUGGCGAGGAUACUACAGAGGUUUUGGAACUACCAUCAUGAGAGAGAUUCCUUUUACCUCGUUGCAAUUCCCGUUAUAUGAACUGCUCAAGCUUCAGCUCUCGCAUCGCCUUGGUAGAAAACCAUUAUACGCGCAUGAAGCUGCCGUCUGUGGUAGUAUAGCAGGAGGAACGGCGGCGGCGCUCACAACCCCUCUCGACGUUCUUAAGACUAGAGUCAUGCUUGAUCUUCGGGAUCCAUCACAACGUCUUCCAAGUGUGGCGUCAAGGUUUCGACAAAUCUAUGUCAACGAGGGUGUGAAUGCUCUCUUUGCGGGUGUUGUUCCGCGUACAAUGUGGAUAUCGGCUGGAGGCGCUGUUUUCCUGGGUGUGUAUGAGUGGGCAGUACAUGGUUUGAUGGGAUGGUGACGAAGAUAAGAUAUUUAUUCUGCCUUCAGCAUCACGUAGGGCAAUUCAUGCAAUGGAGCACAUGUACCAUCUCCAAGGCUCGAACUGGCUAGACGUAGUGGAUAUUGUUGGUCCAGAGCAUGUCUAGCACAUGAGGGGGUAUGUUAGGUUGUGAUAUCGGAUUGCAAGGAUGUAAAGACGAUAUAGAACAAGGCGAAUGGCG